CAUUCGCCAACAACCACAAAUUGUUUUUUGUCAUUCCGACAAGCAUUACUGUAUUGCAGCAACAAUCCACAACCUCUUUUCGACCAACUCCACUCCAACUCGAACUACCGAUACUAGCUAGUCUACAAUGAACUUUCGAGCCGCCCGAGCCUUGAGUGCGAACCGACUAAGUGCUGCUUUUGUCCACCGUUCCGCUGUCACCACACGACCACUGGCAGUCCUUUCCCACACCCUCCGUGUUCCACCCACCACAGUGGCGUUUCCAACAUCAGUGCGAUCCUUUAGCAGCAGUGCAACUCCCUUAAGCAUGGCGUCGUCUAGUUCUACCAGUGGCGACGAUAUUUUGGCGUCCUUUUCGCAGCCUCAGCACGGCCAAAAUGUGGCACUGGCUAUGGAAUCUCUGGCGACGGCCGAUGCCGUUUGUUUUGACGUGGAUUCCACCGUGAUUGCCGAAGAGGGCAUUGACGUGUUGGCCGAGUUUUUGGGACAAGGACAAGCCGUGGCCGCAUUGACCAAACAAGCCAUGGAGGGAUCUCAAAAAUUUCAAGACGCGCUGAAAGACCGAUUGGAACUCAUGAAACCGUCGAAACAAGCCAUUCUCUCCUGCUUGGAUCAAAUGCCAUUGAAACUCAGUCCCGGUGUGGCCGAAUUGAUUCAAGCACUGACCGACAAUGGGGUGCACGUCUAUUUUGUCUCGGGGGGAUUCCGGAUCAUGAUUGAACCCGUCGCCGAACAAGUGGGAGUUCCGGUCGAUCGCAUUUAUGCCAAUACCAUUUUAUUUGACGAACACGGCACGUAUACCGGAUUUGAUCCUACCGAACACACCAGUGCCGACAUGGGCAAACCAGCGGCACUUUCAGCCAUUAAAGCUGCUCAUGGCUAUGACACCAUGGUCAUGGUGGGAGAUGGCGCCACGGAUGCUCAAGCCAAACCACCCGCCAAUGCGUUUAUCGGAUUUGGUGGAAUCGUCGUACGACCGGCCGUACAACAAGCCGCCGAUUGGUUCGUCACCGAUUUCCAAGACAUGACCCGGAUUGUACACACGUACCAUCACAACAACAACAGCAAGUUGAAUUGAAAAUUGGAAGUAAAAAACCAUUGGAAUGAAAACCAAAAAUGGCAAAAUGGAGAUUGGAACGGUAGAGCCGUCCAAAAGGGAGACUUACACCGAGAAUUAAAAACUGAAGCUAAAACUAAAUAAUAAAUUUUGUAACUAUCUGG